CAUUUCUUGUGUAUAAAUCUAAUCUGUAGGGCAAAUUUUAUUCACCUUCUCUUUCUUCAAAAUGACAUUAAUAGGUCCAGGAGAGUAUGUUUCCAUGACAAAUGUACCUAACCUCCUGGGUAAUCAGACAAACGACACCAUGUUUACUGCAGCUUCAUCAAGACGACUAACUGUAGUCAACAGAAUUCUGAAUACACCAAAGCCCUAUAUGAAACGUACCUCUGCGGGACUAGAAACAUACCGUCUAGCUUCAACUAAAACUCAGGUGACCAUUGGUGAUGUAUCAAAAGAUGUCUCAGAGCCAAAGAAUCCGGAAUAUGUACCUAUAAAGUAUUUAAAGGCAAAGGAGAGUCAACAUACUUUGAGACAUUUACGAUGGAUGCUGCAGAAGGAUCUCCUUGGUCAAGAUAUGUUCUUAAUGGGGCGUCCUGGACCUGCACGCAGAAGAUUAGCCAUGCAAUUUCUCCAGGUUACUGGACGGGAAUUAGAAUUUGUCGCUCUUUCCAGAGAUACCACAGAAGCUGAUCUAAAGCAGCGCCGAGAGAUUCAAAAUGGUAGCUCUAAAUACUUUGAUCAGAGUGCUGUUAGGGCUGCAGUUGAAGGGCGAGUAUUAAUUCUUGAAGGUGUAGAGAAGGCAGAGAGGAAUGUUCUGCCUGUUCUGAACAAUUUACUUGAGAACCGUGAAAUGCACCUAGAAGAUGGCCGAUUCCUAAUACCUGCCAGCCGUUAUGAUAAACUACUUUAA